UGAAAUGGCGUCGUGUAAUGUCAACAGGGCAUUAAAGACAACCGCGGGACUGUGGUUAGUUACAGUUGUGCUGUUUGUCCAAAUUAGUGCGGUGGAAAAUUGUAGUCGUAGCAGAGUAACGCUACAGAACAACGAGUAUCGUAAUAUUGUUAUUGCAAUCAACGAGAACGUUCCCGAGGACCCCCAUCUACUUGACAGAAUACGAGAAAUAUUCACCAAAGCAUCUGCCUUUCUUUACAAAGCUACAAGAUACCGGGCGUUCUUCAAAGACAUAUUCAUACUCGUUCCCAAUUCCUGGAGCGAUAAUCCCGAUUAUGAAACACCAGACUUUCAAAGUUACGACAAGAGUGACGUAAUCGUCGAUUACCCGGAUGUUAACAGCAGAACUGGCCACAGGCCCUACGUCAUAAAUCCAUCUCCUUGCGGUCAGAUUGGUCAAUAUAUGCACCUGACGCCGGAGUACAUAACCAAUCCUGUCACAGGGGCGUAUUAUGGACCCUAUGAUAAGGUAUUAGUCCAUGAAUGGAGUCAUUUGAGAUGGGGUGUAUAUGAUGAAUAUCCAAGUCCGAUCACUGGACAAUACUUCUAUGCCGGGGAUAAUGGUCAAAUAGAGGCAACUAGAUGCUCAUUGGCUGUAACAGGUCGUCUAGUUACUCUCGAUGGCGACGAAUGUAAAAUAGUAGACAAAUUACCGGAAGCUGAUUGUAGAUUUCAAGAUGACCGGAAGUCGACAGAUUACACAGGAUCGCUUAUGUACAAACAAUUUUUACCAAAUGUGGUAGAUUUCUGUGAUGACGAAGAACACGCAGAGUCCGUUGGAAAUUUACAUAAUAGAGAAGCCCCGAACAAACAGAAUCAACUGUGCGAUGGUAGAAGUGUUUGGGAGGUGUUACGGGGACAUGGCGAUUUUGAGAAUGGAAUGAACCCACCACGCGAAAUUGGAUCCAGUGUGCCGACAUUUCGCACCGUAAAACGAAGAAAUAAGAGAACAGUGUUAGUAAUGGACACAUCUGGUAGUAUGGAAGAAAAUGGACGAAUUGAUAAAUUACACCAAGCUGUGAGUAAUUACAUUUUAAAUACACUCGAUGAUGGUGAAGAAGUGGGGGUGGUGACAUUUAGUACAACAGCCACAAUUCAGUCACAUUUAGUCUUAAUAAAUAACGAAUCAAGAACAGAAUUACUAUCACGUGUUCCGUCUAUGCAGAGUGUAGGAAGAUGGACAAGUAUCGGUAGCGGUUUACUGAAAGCUUUUGAUGUUCUGGAGGAAGGUGAAAGGAACGCCGCUGGUGGUGUCAUUGUUGUUAUUUCUGACGGAGAAGAAAACAGAGAUCCGUUGAUUGCUGAUAUCAUUCCAAUGGUAUUGGAGAAGGGUGUAACUGUAGAUUCUAUUGGUAUUGGUACAGACGCAUCAACAAAUCUGGAAGUGUUACCAGCGGCAACUGACGGCAUGACAUUUUAUUAUUCCGAAGACUCCAAUUCAAAUGGUUUGAAUGAAGCUCUUGCAGCCAGUGCGAGUCGAGAAAAAAGUAUCCUAGAAAGUCCAAUAAUGUUAUACAGCGAAACAGCCAUGAUAGAAGGCAGGAGUAGUAUAUCUACCAGUGUAUAUAUAGAUGAUACCAUCGGCUUCAAAACAGAAUUUUAUUUCAACUACCUCGGAAAUGAUCCGGUGGAAGUGACGUUAUCCAGCCCAUCCGGCGAGACAUUUAACAACGAAUCAAAAACCUAUGAAUUGGACACUACAUUCAGUGUUGUGCGAAUCAAAAUAAAAGAUAUAGCAGAGGUUGGUGAGUGGACGGCAUAUAUUUACAAUCCAUCCAGUGAACCACAGAAUUUAAGUUCCAUGGUACAGUCUAGAAAUAGGAAUGACAAAUAUCCAAUACUCGCGACAGCUCAGUGGAGUAAACAAACAAUUACACCUCCGGACAAACUGACACUUUACGUAUCGGUCAGUAAAGGCUACAUACCAAUUUUAAAUGCAGUUGUCAUAGCAACUGUAGAAAGACCGCGUGAUGGAAGCGUAACUUUGAAUAUGUAUGAUAAUGGGGCUGGUGCCGAUAUCGUGAAGGAUGAUGGGAUAUAUUCUUCGUAUUUCACCAAUUUCAAUGGCGUCAGUAGAUACAGCGUUAAGGUUCGAGUGAAUAAUGCAGGUGACGUCACAGUGACGAGUAAAAAUAGAAAACUGGGAAUUGGUGCUGUGGAAGACGAUCUUACUUUAGAUGUGAUAAACAUCGAUGACGUAACAACCGGAGAGUUUCAAAGAGUUACAAAUGGAGGAAGCUUUUCAUGUGUUGGUGCUGCAUGUGAAGGAAAUACUGACAUAUAUUUCCCGGCUAAAAUAAUGGACCUGCGAGUGCAACAUAUAUCCUACGACGACAAGCAAGUCACAUUAACAUUCACAUCAACAGGAGAUGACCUGGAUCAUGGACAGGGUAAGUUGUAUGUAUAG